AGUUAACAAGAAAUGAUGGAAUAAUCGCUCACAGAAGCUUUUUUCGUUCGUUGACAGUGCACUUGAAAACAGACAGUAUUGACGUCGUUGUUUGAGUCCACUGACAAUGAGCGACGUCGAGCGUGAGAUUCAAAUGCUUGCGAAGGCAAGCAAGUAUGAUUUACACCCUUCUGCAAUUAAGCGCCUCGCGGAGUUUCUCAGAAAGUACAAUACAAGUGAUGAGUAUCGUCGAGAUCUGUUGAGGGACAUUUUCUCUCUCGUCCAGAAGCAGUACGGAAGCGUUCGAUUAAUCGACAAGACCAAAAUCGAGGCUGCCAUCAAUACCCAGGAGAACAAACUACAUGGAAGCUUUGAAGUUGGCUCCUCAAGUUUUACGCAGGUCGUUGAGCUCAACCGCGUCCCGAAGGUUUAUGUUGAUGACAUCAGUGGGGAGCUUAUUUCAAGUGCUUCACCGGUAGCGUACAACCGCCUCCAGUGUCUAAAUCAGCGUUACCUGCUGGCGCGCCGGCGGUGCUUUCGUUGUGGGCUGUUCCAAAAAGCGAUCGAGCAGCGCCUGUCCAAUGAUGACCUAUUGCCGCUGCUUCUCACCUCUGCCAUGGAAGGUCUCGACCCAAGCGUCCAAAUAGCCGUUCUCGGCUUGAUUCUUCAGCGGGAUGGAGUUGUCUACCUAGAAGACUUGAGGGGUGAGAUCAAGCUUAAAUUCACGGACAACUCUCGUGUGACAAAUCACUGCUUCGUCGGAACUGGGUGCAUGGUUGUAGUGACAGGGUUCUGGGUGAACGGAGCUCUGCAGGUGUUGCGCAUCGAUUUGCCUCCAGCCGAGCGCCGUGAGGUGACCCUUAGAGAUGUCGGAACAAGCACUGACUUGUUCGGGCUCGCGCCUUCGGAUCUCAUUGGUGCACUCACAGAGGAGAAGAGAAGUGUUCAGAACGUCAUCAUCGUGAUGGCGCACGUGCACCUUGACAAAACGAGCACCAUGAGCCGGCUCGCUCGCUUCUUCGAAAGGAUGCAGGGACUUAGCGAGGCGGAGCUGCGUGAUGUCACCUUCGUCUUUACUGGUGAUUUCUCAUCCAUCCCCCUGCAUUUCAGUGAUGCUUCUCACUUGCCGGACAUCUUUGACAGCUCCGAUCGCCUGCAGACGCUGCUGGAUGGCCUUGGACGGUGUGUGACGCUCAACGCGCCAACCGCGGCACAACAAAGCCAAUUCGUUCUGAUUCCAGGGCCAAACGAUAUGACCGUGUUACAAGGUUUUCAACCGCAGACUCCCAUAGCGGCACACUUUGCCAAAGGGCUGGAGAGCCGCAUAAAGCGGCUUACCUUGGCCCCCAAUCCAUGUCGCUUGCGUUUUCACACGCACGAGAUGAUCAUCGCGCGUCGCGAUUUUCUGCGCGAUUUCCAGCAAGGCGAGUCACGCUACGAAUGGGAGCGCUACCGUCCCAAAGAAAGCACUGAGGGUGCUGUGAACGGGGGUGCCGCGACAGCGUCAGCCGCGUCUUUUGAGCGGGUCACCAAGACGAUUCUGGAUGAGGCCCACCUCUCCCCCAACAUUGACGAAGCGGUGCUAUGGAAGAUGGAUGACGCUCUCCGCAUUCCUGUGCUGCCCCACACGAUGCUUCUCUGCGACUCGACAGAGCAGUGGGAAUGCCACUACAAGGGUGUCCAUGUUCUGAACCCUGGAUCGUUCGCGGUGAAUGGAACAUUUCUGUGGUACACACCAGCAGACGGACAAUGUAGCUUGAGUACGCUUGAGUAA